UGUGUAGUGGAGGAGGGCUGUGUUGCUAAAAUAAUGCUCCGGCUGUCCUCCUCCUGAUAUCCCACAAUUCUACUCUGGGCUGCAUAGUGGAGUUUGAUAGGCUGAGGCGGAGAGGGGGAACUGCAGCAGCAGCAGCAGCGAGCAGCAGAGUAAGCACCGCUGUCAGGAAACAGGAGCCCACUACGAAUGCUACUCGCUUUUUACCCAGCUUUGAACGAGAGAGAGGAGACGAUUUAACCUGCGUGAUUUACCAUGACAACUGAAUCAGGCGCAGACUCGGAGGCCAAGCAGCCGCAAGAGAACAAGGAGACGGAGAAGGCGAAAGCUAAAGCGGCCGAACCCACCUCGCCUCAGAACCAGCCGGAGGAGCUUCCCGCCGCCGCCGGACACAGCACCCCGGCCAGAAAAGAACAGGAGCCACAGGACGAGGACCUGGUAUCCCACAGGUCAUCCACCAGCCGUCUGUCCAGAUCUCCUUUGAGAGGAGUGAAGAAGGUGAAGAUCAUGCAGUGUAAAGUCACCCUGCUGGACGGCUCCGACUACACGCUCAAUGUGGAGAAACGAGCCAAGGGCCAAGUGCUCUUUGAUAAAGUUUGUGAACAUCUUAAUCUACUGGAGAAGGACUACUUCGGCAUCACACACAGAGAUGUAGAGAAUCAGAAGAAUUGGCUGGACCCUUCCAAGGAGCUGAAGAAGCAGAUCAGGACUGGACCCUGGAACUUUGCUUUCAACGUAAAGUUUUACCCCCCAGACCCCUCCCAGCUGACUGAGGAUAUCACAAGGUACUACCUGUGUCUGCAGCUGAGAGACGAUGUGGUUUCAGGCCGUCUGCCCUGCUCAUUUGCCACCCACACGGUGCUGGGCUCCUACACUGUGCAGUCUGAACUGGGAGACUAUGACCCCGAGGAGUUAGGCAGCGACUACAUCAGCGAACUACGCUUUGCACCAAACCAGACCAAAGAACUAGAGGAGAAGGUCAUGGAGCUCCACAAGACCUACAAGGGGAUGACACCAGCCGACGCGGAGAUCCACUUCCUUGAAAAUGCCAAGAAGCUGUCCAUGUACGGCGUGGACCUCCACCACGCUAAGUUGGUAGGGAGUCUCUAUGAAUGCUUGGCUCCAGCUGAGGGAGAGGACUCUGAGGGCGUGGAGAUCAUGUUGGGAGUUUGUGCAAGUGGCCUGCUCAUCUACAGAGACAGGUUGCGGAUCAACAGAUUCGCUUGGCCCAAAAUCCUCAAGAUCUCCUACAAGAGGAACAACUUCUACAUCAAAAUCCGGCCCGGCGAGGUGAGAACGUUUGAGCAGUUUGAAAGCACGAUUGGUUUCAAGCUUCCAAAUCACCGCGCUGCCAAAAGACUCUGGAAGGUCUGCGUCGAGCACCACACCUUCUUCAGGCUCGUAUCCCCAGAGGCACCUCCAAAGAAGUUCCUGAGCCUCGGCUCCAAGUUUCGCUACAGCGGCAGAACGCAGGCUCAGACCCGCAGGGCCAGCUCUCAGAUCAUCAGACCCGCUCCGUUCUUUGAACGCUCCUCCAGCAAACGCUACAACAUGUCCCGCAGCUUAGAUGGAGCACCCAUUAUGGAGAACCACGAGACUCUCAUGAAGGACAGCGCCUCUGACGGAGCGGCCAAAGUCAUUGCCAAGGGAGACAUCAUCACCACGGUAACGACGGAGAAGAAGGCAGAGGAGGAGAAGGCGGAGCAGGAGGACGCUCAGAUGGACCCUGUGGUGACGGCAGAACCCGUCGUCUCAACACCGCUCAGACACGACACAAAGUGCUCCCCUCGUGUAUACACGACCGACCCCCUCCGCUCUGAGCUCUCACUCCCCUCAUCUCCUGUUUCAUCCAACAAAGUAAGGCGGAGGCGCAGGGAGAACGCGCGUAAACGGGCCUCGUCUGUCAGUCCGGCGAAGAGCAGCGCCGGGUGCCGCCGUCGGCAAGCCCUCGCCGACCGCAAGGCCGCCCUGCUGGACGAGCAGGCACUCCUGCUCUCGGCCCGCAAGCAGAGGCUGGAGCAGGGCAAGAGCCGCGGCGGCACGCUCUUCUCCUUCUCCCUGCACCUGCCCGACCUGUCCUCCUUCCUGGACGAUGACGGCUACAUCACCUUCCCCGACCUGACAGAGAUGCGCUUCCUCCCUGAGUGCGCGCAGAAUUUCCUGCCCAUUAAGUCACCAUCGCUCAUCCCCUGCUUCCUCUUCAUCUUCUUCUUUCUGCUCUCCACCUCCUUCUCCGUCCCUUACGCCCUCACCCUCUCCUUCCCCCUGGCGCUGUGCCUCUGCUACCUGGAGCCCAAGGCAGCCUCCCUGACCGCCUCCAUAGCCCAGGGCUACCAUGACCAUGACAGUUCAGAGGAAGAGGAGACUGACAGCGAGCAAACUGACUUUGCCUUUGAUGGAGAGAUGACCGCCACAGAGUCGGAAGCAGACGACGACUCUGAGAUGCGGACUCAGUAUAGUUUCAUAAGACGAGUAAAGGGGGAAAACGUUUUUAUCAAGCAUAGUAAUCUGAUGCUAGAGGACACCUCGCCUCCGUCGGAGAUGGUCAAGCACCAGACCAACAUCAGCGAACUGAAGCGCUCCUUCCUGGAGACGGGCGACAGCACUCCGGGAUUGACCGAAUGGGAGAAGAGGCUCUCCUCGUCCCCCGCGCGCUCACCCAGAACGGAUGAGCCACCAAUGAUAGAACCGCUGGAUACCGAGGAUGAGGAGCCUGCAGGAGAAGAGACAAAAGAGGUUGUGGAACCUAAAGCCACUAAGGCACCAGGAUAUCUGGUGAAAUACGUGGUGGAUAGUAUCACCACCUCGUCUGGGCCACACGGAAUUAGUCUGUCAACCACUAUGGACGACGACGUCUUCAUGGACGGGACCCUCAGGGAGGUGGAGGAGAAAACCCCCGACUCCCAGGACGAGGUGUCGGAGAGGUCGAUGUUGAAGGUCAGCCCCAGGACUGUCAUACAGGAAGUGUCCCAGGCCAUUAGCGACAAGAAAGGGACGCUCAUUAUCUUAAAGGAUGCUGAGGAUAAAGAAGAGGGCAAAGAGACGAGCGCUGUGGGUGAAGAAGAGGAGCUCGUCGUCCCCGGAGAGGCCGAGGCUCAGGAGAAUGAAGUAUCUGAAACUGUCAAAGAAGACACGUCUGUUGUUCUAGAAGCCAAAACCACAAUAGUCAAGAUGCCAAGUCUGCAGAUGGAGAUAAAAACUGAUGACAUGACUCAGAUAAAAGGUACUGGCUCGCCAAAAAAGGCCAUGGCAUCGUGGAUAUCUGACGAGGCGAAGACGGAGGCCUCCGAGAUCAUCAGCGUGUUGACAAAGGAAGUCAAAGAGAUGACGGCUCCUGACGCUCUGCAGCAGAAAGCAGAAGUGUUCACCUUCAGAGAGUUCCAAACAGAGCAGUCAAAGUCCAGCGUGACUCAGAUCACGCUUUCUGAAUCUUCAACUACGUCCUUAGCAGUGUCUACGCUGGGAUGGGUCUCCUCUUCUCAAAAGACAUCAGACGAACCAGAAGAGAAAGAGGUGGUUACCACGGAGACGGAGGCAGUGCCAGAGCCGGCGCCAGCCGAGUCGACGGGGCCAAUGAUUGUCGAUGCCGUUGACGCAGGUACCAAAGAGACGCCUGUGGUCCACACAGAGACAAAAACCAUCACCUAUGAGUCUGCAGAGGUUGACACUAACGGUGACGUAGACCCCGGUGUGUUGCUGAGUGCUCAGACCAUCACCUCGGAAACCACCAGCACCACGACAACCACACACAUCACAAAGACGGUGAAAGGAGGAAUAUCAGAGACGAGAAUCGAGAAAAGGAUCGUCAUCACGGGAGAUGCAGACAUCGACCACGACGAGGCUCUGGCUCAGGCCAUAAAGGAGGCAAAAGAACAGCAUCCUGACAUGUCAGUGACCAAAGUAGUGGUACAUAAAGAGACAGAGAUCACGCCAGAGGAGGGGGAGGACUGACCCAGGAGUAACACUGAGGGCUGUUUUCUGUUCAACCUCCCAGAAUCCGACAUCCAGAACUCUCCACAUAUUACUCCGGGAUUCUCAGAAGACUCAAAGAAAGGCUCCGACUCUCCAAAUGCUGCAGCUCGCUGCUAACCGCAAACAUCACCUGCAAAAUAAAUUAAUGCAUUUUGCAUGAGAAGGACGCAAGGUCGCAUUAUCAAACAAAGAUUAUACUGAAAACUGUACGAUUUUUAAAAAAAAUAACGGUUCUCGAUCCCAUCUGCACGCCCAAUCCGUGUGCAGCAAGCAGACCUGUUGCUUUCACUGCCUUAUUAUGACUUUGAUGCUUUCUCUUUUUUUUUUUUUUUAUUGAUUAUUGAGAAUAAUUAUUGUAGCAACAUUUUAUUUAUGAAAUAAAAGCCAUCACUCCAGAAACCUAAAAAUCGCUGUAGGCUGUAUAUGUUAGGGAGCAGACACUAUUUAACCUUGCUGUAGAAGUGCCAACCUCAUUUGCCAGCGAGCAUCGCGUCACCCACUCCGACACAAGCCAAUGAUUUUUCUGUCAGGUUUGCCACUACACAAAUCACUACAGCCCCGGACUGUACAUAUCGAAGCUUUCCUAGGAGAAUAGCAAAUUAUCAUUCACCGUUGAUUUUUUUUUUUUUCGUCACGUCUACUUGAAUUCGCAUUUUUUCUUUCUAUGAUCACGUCAGUAUUUUUAUUGUUUCUCAUCAACACUUUUUAGAGGGUCUGUUUUUGGCAAAUGAUCGCUGAGGAAUCUGUGCAAGAAAUAAAACUUUUCAAUGUGCCUGUGCAGGUUUUGAAUGUUUCCCAGGGUAGAUGAUCGGCUGCAGCACAAGUCCCAGGUUUGUGUGACUGUGAGGCAAAGGGCUCAGACUGCCGAGCUCUGCCCAAAUUAGAUGCAAAGCCAAGAGAGAUCUGUCAACUUCCCCUAAAUCCCUCCCUCUCUCCUCCACCACCUCCACCACCCUGAACAUGUCAACUUUCAUCUGUUCAACUGUAUCUGAAUAACCUGAGUAUUGUUCGUGUUACAGCCAUGUUCUCCUCAGAUUGGUGAAAAAAAUAAAAAAGUGGCAAAUGCG